UACUCAUCCUUUUGGAGAGAGGGGAAAGUCCAGCAUAUGUCUCACAUAUCUGUUCAAACGCCAUCCGUAAAAACUAGGGUAACCAGUUUUUGGAAAGGACAAUCUACGGACCAGUAUAUAGGAUGAGUGGGUUCCUGCUGGUCCUUUGUCUUGCUUUGUGGCACCAGGGGGGGACAGCAGGGCCCGACCCGCCAGGCUGCAGCAGCCCUGAUGCGGUGAGGGUGGCAGAAGAGGCUCUGGAAAAGAUUAACCAGGACAGAACAAGCGGAUACAUCCUGAGCCUCAACAGACUGUAUGAUGUCUCCCACACGCCACAACAGGAGCAAAGAGGGUCACACUACACUCUGACCAUUGAUGUCAUAGAAACAAAAUGUCAUAUCAGCAGCAAGAAAGCUUGGAAACAAUGUCAAGUCAGAGGCGUUGAUAAAGUUCCAGUGUAUGGAGAGUGUCAGGUAUCAGUGUUUGUUGAUCCUCAAGUGAAACUUCAAAGCUACUCCUGUGUCCUGCGUGAAGUUCCAGCUACCGCAGUGGUGGACGUCUGUCCUGACUGCCCCACGGCUGAAAACUUGAACGACCCGAUUAUCGUGGAGACCGCCAACAUCUCCCUCAAACGAUUUAACGAAGAAAGCUCUCUGGCCAACUACUUCACCCUGGAAAACAUUACUAAAGCCAGUUCACAGUGGGUUGUCUGGCCCUCUUACUUUGUGGAGUUCACCAUUCUUGAGACAGUGUGUUCCAAGAAAGCAGAUCCUAGUGAGCUGAGCAGCUGUCCAACAAUGAACUGUCAGUUUGCUCACAGAGGCUUCUGUUUGGGAACUCAUGUUGCUCUUGAGGAGGAAUUUGAAACCAUAAACCCUGUUGAGAGAAAAGGUGGCUCUUUAAGGAAUCACAAACCUGUCGAGGUGAAGUGUGAGAUCUAUGAACCUCAGGCUGCUGCUGCAGAAAAACAGGCCCAUGCAACUGCAGGCAGUGGGCAUCCUGAGCUUCAUGACCACAACCACACACACCUCCAUGCACACGAGCAUGUGCAUUCAGACUCACCCAGCCCGGCGGCCUCUAACGCCCAAGGUCCCAUCGGCACUGUAGUGCAUCUGCCUGCCUCACCUCGAUCUGCCCCUUUGGCGAGCUCCUGCCCCGGACCCCGUAGACACAACCUGCACAUAGUCAAACUCAAGCUCUGAUCGGUCAGACUGAGUCUCAACCCACAUGAUGUAACCGAAACAUAAAGCUACUGUAACUUAUGGAAACAAUCUUUCUCAGAAUAUUCAGAUAACCUUAGAUCGAUUCAAUUUUUUCUCCAAGUUGGAGAUUUAAAUGAAAACACAUAGUCUAAUAAUUUUUGCCUUUUUAACACCUUUUUCUAUUGGUUUUGAUUGCUGACAAAGAAGCUGAAUGCUUUUUGAGGCCUUGUCAUCCAUGUGAAAUUACUUAUAGGUUGACAAGCCAAAAAGAUAUCCUAAUGCUGAUGAUAAAUAUGUGUUUGAAAGCUCCAAACUGAAGCAAAAACCCUCCUGCGAAAACGUUAUGCAUCGCAACGUAUUUCUGCUGUGUAUGUAUACAUUUGCCCAUGGGUUUUUUAGACAUUUAAACACAAAUAUAUCAAAUGUUUCACACAUGUGUAUGUGGUGAUUACAAAUAAAUCUUAGAUUUACAUAUCAAA